AUGAGUUCCUAUUUUGUGAAUCCCACUUUCCCGGGGAGCCUGCCCGGGGGCCAGGACUCCUUCCUCGGGCAGAUCCCCCUGUACCCGGCGGGCUAUGAUGCUCUCAGGCAUUUUCCGGCUUCGUACGGGGCAAGCAGCCUGCAGGACAAGACUUACACCUCACCUUGUUUCUACCAACAGUCCAACACCGUCAUUGCUUGCAGUCGGGCUUCCUAUGAGUACGGAGCCUCUUGUUUUUAUUCGGACAAGGACAUUAGUAGCGCCUCUCCUUCCGGCAGUGGCAAACAGAGGGGGCCCGGGGACUACCUGCACUUUUCUCCCGAUCAACAGUACAAAACCAGCGGCGGGCAAGCCAAAAUUAUAAAUGACGAAGGCACCGACCGGAAGUACACGAGCCCUGUUUACCCCUGGAUGCAGCGGAUGAACUCCUGCGCUGGUACAGUAUAUGGAACACAUGGGAGACGAGGGAGGCAAACUUACACCAGAUACCAAACGCUAGAGUUAGAGAAGGAAUUUCAUUUUAACAGAUACUUAACCCGAAGACGACGUAUUGAGAUUGCAAACGCUCUCUGCCUUACUGAACGCCAGAUUAAAAUAUGGUUUCAAAACAGGCGGAUGAAAUGGAAAAAGGAAAACAAAUUCAUAAAUUCCACACAGCCCAGCAGCGAAGAAACAGAGGAAAAGUCAGGGGAGUAGAACUACGUUUAAUAAACGCUACCAGGCC